UGGUGGAGGGAGACGCGCGACUCCAUACCUCCCUCCAUCUAUCUCCUCUCCUCCACUCCAUCUAUCCAGUGGUACAGUGUACCCUCCUGUGCCGCUCUGGAGGUGCGCCACACUCACAUAUUUUAUACUACUAACAACAGGUGUUUACUAACAUCAUUUACAAGGUGAUUUAAAAUUUCUUUGUUUCAAGACGGGUUCCUGCCGUAUAUCUUAGCAAAAUACAUCGUCUCGGCCGCCUACUGUAUGAUUUAUACAGUGAUCUUGUUGUAUUUUGCGCCUGUGGACUUCAAAAUGCAUCUAAAUCAAUAGAAUAGUGACGAUUUUGAAUUAGAAAUGACGUUUUCUGGUGUAAAUCUUGGAAAAUACAUCGUCUGGGCCUCCUACUGUAUGAUUUAUGCAAUAGUCUUCUUGUAUUUUGCGCCUGUGGACUUCAAAAUACAUCUAAAUCAUUAGAAAAGUGACGAUUUUGAAUUAGAAAUGACAUUUUCUGGUGUAAAAUCUAAGAAAUGAGUCUUUUCCUGAUGUAAAUGUUGGAAAAUACAUCGUCUGGGCCUCCUACUGUAUGAUUUAUACAAUAAUUUUGCACCUGUGGACUCCAAAAUACAUUUAAAUCAUUAGAAAAGUGACGAUUUUGAAUUAGAAACGACGUUUCCGUGUCAAAAUAUUUAGAUAUUAAUCCUCUUCUGGUACAGAUCACAGAAAAUACAUCACCUGGGCCCCUACUGUAUGAUUUAUACAAUAAACUUCUUGUAUUCUGCACCCAUCGACUUCAAAAUACAUCUAAAACGGCAAACAAAUGUGUUUUUGAAUUAGAAACAAGACGAUUUUGAUCUCUAAAUUCCAUCUGGACGAAUUUUUAUUAAAUGAAAAAUAGAUAGACAGAGAAGUUAAUGAGGAAAAUACAAGUGUAUUUCUGGUGUAUUUUGUUGUAUUAAGAUAAAAUACAUCAGAUAGAGAGGUGAUAAAACCUGCUCUUACUGUAUUACGCAGCUUCAAGGUUAAAGAUGGAAGGUGAUGGAUGCUGGCUGAGUCACUUACUUAUCCUGGGCCUGGUUACUGCUAUCAAUGGAGUGUGUGAUCUUCCCAGCCAGUGGAGAGGAGGAUGGUUCCAGAGUGGAGUGAGAGAUAUAAUCUCUCUCACCAGAACUGAAUUCUCAUCUAAGGGCAUCUGUCUACACUCAUCUGGAGAGAAAUUCCUUUUCAAAGACAGAAGCGACGCGUGCUACAGGUGUGUCGUUAUAAGCGAGAAACACCCUAACAUUCUCCAGUACAAGGAAACACUAUGCGAGCCCUCGAGAGACCUGGCCUCACUCUGCGCACAGAUCACCGGUGAUGCGCUCCUCUUCUCUAUGUUCCGCCGCGAUGCACCGCCAGCGCCGUGCCCCUUCAAGGGACCACUAACCUUCAGCUACACCCGAGGCCAUGGUCAGUGUGGGGUGCCCGCUUCCAGCGUUGACUCCUGCACCAGCGAUAGUCGAUUGCUCUUCAAGUAUCAAGCUUGUCCGGAUGUGCAAGGAACAGAAAGCUCAGUGGAGGAAGUGGAAUGUAUUGGGCACUGGAAGGAGGGCAGCACACGAUACUUUGUGGGCAGGCUGGAGGGCAGCCGGGCACUCACUGAUGAAGACCGUUACCGCUGUUUCGCCUGGGAAAGGGCACGGGAGGCUGAGGACAACAUUGACUACCGGAUGGCCCAGUCAGGGGAUGCUACCUGCAAUGGCGUCUUCUCAGCCUAUGAUGGGUCCAAGACUCUCAGAAUUAAGAAAGUGGGAAGCUACAGUGGAUGCGAGUUCCCAUCAUGGGUUAGCAACCAUCGUCGCUGGCACGCACUAGACCGCGGUGCCUCGUACUCCCUGGCACACCACAACACCACUCUAAGACUACACCACUCACAUAACUCCAGAGCGCAGCCCACACCGCCUGGCAUCACUCAAGACGACAGCGAAGACGGUACAGGUGAACGAGCAAAGGUGAACUACGGGAACACAGAAGCUCGUCUAGUGUGUUCCCAACAGAGAGAAGCUACCUCAUCCAAGGUUGUCCUCGUCACACACCUUACUACUGGCUGUACGAGUGGCUACGUAUGUACAGUGCUGUAUCGCAGAGAUGGCCACAUCAUUGAGAUGCAACAAGGGUCGAGGGCCAUCAGAGCAGUUGAUGCAUGUAACUCCCUCCACUUCAAUUCUUCCAGUGCACCUCACACGACUCUCACAAGUGGGUCGCCAUCCAGACGAGCCUGCCCAUUCCUGGGAGUGUGGAAGAUAGGGAGUGGGGACUGUGAGCAUGAGGUGGAUGUCACCCAUCUAAAGGUGGGUUGUGGACCACUACACAACCUCCAGUUCAUCCACCAGUGUUCCACCCACACUGUUAAACACUCCUUGGUGUGUCAUGGUCACUGGACUGAAGGUCACUCAGUCUUCAUGGUAGCUUCCCCACACGACCGACCAUCACACAGACUGUGUCUGACAGCCACCAACAACCAGCACAGCAACAGCAACAACAGCAGUAACAGCAGCAACAGGAGUCUACAAGUUACAGCACAUGCUCACUCCUGCCCCAGGCAUCAUGUUCCACCUACCACAACCCUCACCUUCAAUAUCACAGCUCAACGAGACUGUACCGUGGCCAGCAGAAGCAGCACAUUUCACCCUUUGUCUCACCUACCAAUUGUACUCCUGCUGAGUGUACUACAAGCGACGUUUCACUCACCACUACACACUGAGUACAUCCCUAGAUGAACAUACAAAUCACACACACACACACACACAAAACAAUUAACCCUUAUUCUAGAAUUGUGGUGCCAAUGGCAUCAUUUUGCCCCCCUAAAGUAUUGAAAAACCUCCAUAAACCACUAUUUAAAGAGGUUUAAUAAACCAAGGUAAUGGCAUAGAUUAAAACAGGUCCUCAGCAUGAGAUGUUCUGUGUAUAUUUGUAAAGCAAAUUUUAUAAUCAUUGGUAAAGUAUUCUUUUACACGUUCCUGAAGACAAUGACCGCAGAGGUAUAUUUUGUAUAUGCGUAUAUAGCAUGUCUGUACAGGUUAGAAACUAUAUACCAUUUUGUAUGGAGCAAAUUCGUCCCAUUGAAAAUGAAAGAAGCAAUUAUUUUUCUGCCUUAGGUAGGCAAUUCUGGAGUUUACUGUAGGCCUAGGAGACAUACAUGGUUAAUUUGUAUAAUAUAUACACAUAUACACAUAUACGUACAUAAUUUAUAUAGGUAUAUUUGCCAAAAGUUCUGUUUCAGUUGGUCAUGUAGAGUUUCUGUGAGGGAAUUAGUUGAGUUUGUUGAGUCUGGGGUGUUUAAAUGAGUUAGAUUUGUGUAAUGCAUGGGUAUCUUUACUGGGGAGAUGUUUUGCCCACUCUGUAGGCUUGUGUCGAGGUGGUCAGUCCCUUAGUAACCUUAAACUCACCUCUCCAGGCUGAGGGAAUGACUACCUCAUAGUUACUUCUCCAUAGUUUCUAUAUUUGGCUCAUGUGAAACGUGUCAUCACUAAAGAUACGCAAGUGUUACACAUGUCUUGUUCAUCAACUUGUCGGUAUUGUAUACUAGAAAUAUAAAUAUCAGAAUUAUUUAUCCUGAAGAAAUAAGUAUGAGGGAGCUGUGAACAUGGAUAGGGCCAUGGGGGCGUUGACCCCCAAAACACUCUCCAGGUAUACUCCAGGUAUACACCUAAAGUACCAGCUGAGCUGUUGCUCAUAUGUUGGUUUGCAUGCAGCCAGCAGCAACAACCUGGUUGAUUAAGCUCUGAUCCACCAUGAGGCCUGGUCAUGGACCGGGCCAUGGGAACAUUGCCCCCUGAAACAACCUCCAGGUAGACAAGGUGCUACCAAAAAGUUCCUGGACUGCCACAAAAAAAAAUAUAGGCUUACUUAAUCACCUAGUUGAAGUUGUCUCCCUGGAACUAGACUCCUGGGAGGCUGUACAUUGACCUCUGCACCUCUUACACUUCUCAAAACAUUUCUGGGAUUCUUCUUUCCUAACAGUAUCUGAAACAGCCUGCAACUGCUUAAUCUCCUCCACAUUGUUAAAACACCACUCCUUGAGUGACUAUAAAUUUUUGGGGAAGGGAAAGAAAUCACAGGGUGCCAGACCUGGGGACUAGGGAGGCUGGGGAAUGAUUGCCAUUUCUCUGGUCUUGAGUCAGCAAGUGGGGCACAAAUUUUGCAGCCACUCGACUCAUAUUCAAAUUUUCAGUCAAAAUGCUUUGAUACGACCCAUAAGAAAUCCCUAGAACACUUAACAAUAUCCUGGACACUGAACGAUUUUGUGAAUUUCACCAGAUGUUGUACCCAGCAUGAAACAGAAUUUCAUAACCACUCACACUCUUCUCUCAAAGAUGCUAUUCUGUUACACAAAAACUAUCAACACUGCACUAACACAACAGAAAAUACCACCUAACCUCAACGUAACACUCAGCCACAUUGAAACACACCACUGUACUUCACAAUGCAAUGUACUGUGUACUGUAAUCUGCAAUGCUGCAAUAUUUCACACAGGAAAUGCAAGAAAAUUCUAGUAUUGGAACUUUCUGACAGCACCUUGUAGUAGGUUGGUAGACAGCAACCACCCAGGGAAGUACUACCGUCCUGCCAGAUGACUGUGAAACAAAAACCUGUAACUGUUUUGCAUGAUGGUAGGAUUGCUGGUUUCUUUUUCUGUCUCAUAAACACGCUAAGAUAACAGGGAUAUCUUGCUACUCCUACUUACACUUUGGUCACACUUCACAGACACGCACAUGCAUAUAUAU